ACCCGGAAAUACUUCCGCAAACGAACCGGACUGUUUGGUUUUUGGCGUACACGUUGAACGACAACUCACACUGGCAAUGGACGGCAAAGCUGUGAAGGCAAUAUUGUUUGAUUUGGACAACACGCUCAUUGAGACGAGUCUGGCGGGCGUAGUGGGGAUACAAAAGAGCAGUGAGCUUUUGAAGACCACACUGGGCCUCGAUGACAACACCAUCUCCAGCAUCUGUGCGAAGUUCAAGCAAAAGCUUCUCCAUGAGGACUUUGACCCCUCAGAUGGCGGGUCCAUAGACGAUGUCCGUGUGCGUCACUGGGAGGAAAGCAUCAAGGAGACUGUGGGCGAUUGCUCCGUGCCCUCUCUGGGAGCUCAGUGCUACUACACGUGGAAAAAUAGUCGCUUGGAGGCGCUCCGUCUCUCCCCCGAAGUGUGCGACCUCCUGAAAGGACUGCGCGGUGCAUACAAGCUGCUGCUGCUGACCAACGGACACAGUCAGACUCAGAGGGAGAAAGUGGAGACGGUCGGAUGUGAAGAGUUCUUCAACGCCGUUGUGAUUGGGGGAGAUCACGCUGAGCAGAAACCCCAUCUUUCCAUCUUUACGCUGUGUUUCAACAUGCUGCGGGUGGAGGCACGUGACUGUGUGAUGGUGGGAGACUCUCUGGACACAGAUAUUCAGGGGGGCUUUAACGCGGGAGUACGAGCCACGGUUUGGAUUAACAGAGCCAAAGCUGCCGUGUCGGACGGCUCAGUGAAACCGGACUACACUCUCACUACUGUGCUGGACCUGCCAGAUAUUCUGGCACAACUGCAAUGAGAACAACUAAUGACGGGCGAAUGAUAAGCACAGUUAUGUCAGUUGUGGAUAUAUUUAGUUAAGGGUGAUUUUAUAUAAUAGAUAAAUAAAUAAAUAUAUAAUAGAUGUCUGUCAGUCUGUGAGACUUGAGACAUCUGUGAUUUAGGGGACGUAUUUUAUAUUGUGUAUUGUUGUCCUGUCCUUUGUUCUCCACCUAUUAUUGUUGUCUUGGUUUUCUGUUUGUGGCACAUGCUACUUGUACGACUAUGCUAAUAAUAUCAUAGGGGUCACACUCUGUUCACUUCCACAUUAUAAGAAGUGUCUUUACGAAAGGAGCAGCACUACAGUAUAUCAUUUAUUCAUUAUUUAGGACUGAUUCAACACUAUCAUUCCAUCAUAUAUUCACACACUGUUAUUUUCUCAGCUAACAAAAAAAAAACAUUUUAUGCAAAAAUAAAGAACAUUUCAGGUACAUGACACCUCCCUUAAAUUGUGGAUUUUAGCAGCUUUACCGAGACCAAUUUGCAUUUAAAGAUUCAAUGUGUGAAAUUCAGUGACAUCCAGAGUGUGUUGAAGAGGCUACGGUCACUAAUACAAACAUGUUUCUUUGGUUUGUCUGAUGUGAGCUACUACAGGAACAUGUCAGUGAAGUAAAUCUGGCUCCAUAUGAGACUCUACCUCUCUAUACAUGAAUAUGCACAAAUGAUUCAUUUUCUUGAAUAAAUAACACUUUCCUGACUUUCCAUGAAAA